AUGAAGUGGUCCGUCAUCUCGUCACCAACGCUUCUGAUCCUGUAUUUGGUGACAUUCCCUUCUGCUGAGGAGUUAAAAAGGAAGACACCAGUCCACCUGAAGAUUCAAUUUACCUCGAUUUUAGUAUGUUGCAUUUUCGAAUUCCCCUUUUUUUGUACGACGCUUGUCUUCUCUACUGGAAUAUUGUCGCAUUUUUUACAGACAUGAUUUAGCGUAUCUGUCUAAUGUAAAUGUUCUUUACAGACCAGGUUUUGAAGCUGACAGCUGUAAUUGUUCUUGUAUUCAUUCGUUUGUUUUUUCUGGGAAAGGAUCAGAAGAUCGAACUUGCGUGUUUUUUGUUAUUUAUGGGAACAAGCGAUGUUUUGAGAGUUUUCAUAAUUGCACAAGCCAUAGGCGGGUGAAAUGUGAGACCUUUAAAAGCAUCACGAGUGACCUCAUAUCAUAGGACACAAGAGCUGCUCGUGGGAUUUUUAUGAUUAUUAUCUUAAAAACGACUACCUGUACCUUUACACUACAUUGUACGUCCUCGGGUGAAAAUUACGUGAAGAAUUUUCCAACCGGCUGAAAACUUGUUUCUUUGAAUUGGUCAUAUAAUAGAAUGAUACGCGACUUUGCUAAUACUGAGCUCAAAAUGAACGCUGGAAUUGGCCAACCCUGUACCAGGUCUCUCAAGGCGUUUGUUGUUUCGCGCGGCCUCGAUCCUUGUUCUUGUUGUCUGAGAUGCAAAGUCAAAAAAACUUCGUAAGUUCUUUAAAGUUGUAUGUUUGCAAACCUUUUCUUUUCAUGAUGGGCAGAGGAGAUCAUCGAUCUGUGUAGGAAUGCGAAAAUGACCUUAGACAUCGGUACAAGGCACAAAAUUUUUAACGAAAACCUGUUAUUUCCAAUUCGUGGGUUCGUGGCGCAGAAGUCCGUAAUAAGUUGUUACGCCAUAAUUCCGUUCCAUCCCGUUCAAAGUAGACCUUAAAGAGCUCAAAUGAGAAUUAUAUAUUCCGAAGAAUAAUCAAUUCUGAAAAUAAUGGAAAUUUAAGACGUUAAAUUGACGAAAUUAGCCCUGCGGUAACAAAUAAUGCGAUUCUCGAAAGCGCCAAGGACUAUGGCUGGAAUAUAAAAACAGCGCCUACCGACUUCAACUGAGGUUUUGCGACAUUAGGGCUACUAUUUGAACCGGUAAAUAUUAUUUUGAUUAUUGAAAAGUAUAUUUAAAGUAUUGUUCAGUCAUGGAUUUUGUCUCUAAACGAUUCUAGAAUUUUUAACGUAACGCUACGCGAUUUGUGAUCGUGAAGUUAUCUAAACAACGAUUCCAUCAUGGUGAAUCUAUCGCUUAGAUCCUGUAAAAGCAAGAAAUUCGUUCGUUUUUUGCCAGUGAACUGUCAAUUUUAGCACUCUUUAAAAUAAAGGAAUAUUUCUAGGUCGUUUAUCUUUACAUAUAUAUAAUUAAUAGCUUCAGGUACGCGAUCAUCUCGUAAACCCGACAAAUUUGGAUAUUGAAUUGAGAGCUAGUUGUGACUUGAGUGGUAAAUAGAGAAUAUUACAUGAGCGCACGUAGAUAUAGAAUUUCUCUUUCAGUGUUCAACUCGAUAGCUCACCAUGUACUAUUUUGUUUAUCGCAUAAACACCGUGGCUUUACUGACAAGAAAAGUCGACUUUACUAAUGAAUGAAAAUAAAAGAAUCGACAAUACCCUGAUGAAAAUCGUAAAGCGCGUUAGCGCACUCAAGAUGAAAACAUGCGUCGAAUCACUGAAAAAACAAAAGUGGUCGUAAUAUUCAAUAUAAAAAAUUCUCAAUUACUGACUUUGUCCAUUGCCAGAAAUCAAGGACAUUUCGAGCCCGCUAACAAUUAUCAGCUGUAUAUCGUAUUACACUCUGGAACAAUAGAAUAUCAAGAGAAUUCAAUAUGGCGGCGAUCACGGCUCGAUCUGUAAAGAAGCGUGUUUCAUACCAUGACUUAUACAAUUUGAGCUCCGCAGAUCUUCUAUUUGAUGAAAAGAAAAAGAAAAGAAGACCUGCAAGUAAAUCUUUGGGAUUUUUCGAGGCAAAGCGAUGACAUGAUGUCAGAAUUUUGAUUUGCUUUAAUUUAAUUUUCGCGCUAAGACUACUGAAUUUGCAUUCAAUGCCUGACAUAUUUUUAUUCCGAAAAGGACCGAGAACUAAUUUAUUUCCCUGCAAGAACAUAAACAAAUAUGGCCGACGAUUCGAAGAUCAGCGUUGCUCGUGUUUAACUAUUUCAGUCAUAGUUUUCAAUAUGGCGUCUCGUCACUUACUCAACAUGGAAAAUAAGGGAUAUUCUGGCGCGUUGGGAACUUUUUUGAUGGGAGGAAAUGGCAAUUUUACAGGAUAUUUGGACGCUUCGAACUCUGUAGCAGUCAACUCGAUCGAGAGCAGUUGACUUUAUUGAUGCACUUUCCUGUAAUAGGCGAGUGUUUGGGAUGGAGAACGACGGAUUUUGAAGAAGUGUAUGGCGACCUAGGUCAAUAAUCAAUGACAAAAGAACUGGCUCGGGAAGUAAGUGGCUUUUAUUUAUCGAGUCCCUGUGAGGUUUGAUGAAUAGCUGAAUCAGUACUGAAUAUGUCUCGAUCGAGAGCAGACGGGACCAUGAGCUCCUGAUUGUUAUAUUUUAGAAAUUUUACAAAUUUCCUUACAGUUUCUUAUAUUAUUUAGACGUCAUUAUGGACGAAAUGCGCAAGCGCGGCCGCCAUCAGAAAUCUGUCAGGUACAGGGCCAAAAUGGGCCUGUGACAAAACUUCCGGCUGUCGAUUCUCGUUCUUUGCGGCGAGAAAUACAAUUAACCAAAGCCACUGAAUAUGUAACUUUCGAUUUGUCUUUUCGUAUUUUGGUUUUCUUCACCUUCUAGAGAUGUUGAAACGUCACUGUCUGUAAGAGAUACGGAUUUUUCAGUGUUUUAGCAGUCACAAUACCAGAAAAUUCCGACUAACGACCUUGGAUUGAGUGACUUUGCCGUCUAGUCAUCCACCUGACCGAAUGGCACGAAAGGCAAGUGACGUGUCAGCAGCUGGUUGGCGAAAUCACUUACACGAGAAAAAGUACUGGUUUUUUUCACGUAUAUUAUUACGGCUGUUCUCAGGACUGGAAAUCCUUGUAUAACACCGUAGUUUAUAUGAUAAAUGUGUAUUUCUGACGGAAACCAAAGAAGUAAAGCAGUCAUUAAAAAUCAUGCAAAGAAGAGAAAAACAGGCCGGAUUGUGUAUCAAGAAAAUGCUGAUACAACUGUGAUGGAAGCAGAAAAUGUCAUAAACGUAACGUUUUAUUGUGAAAUUAAAAAAAAAAAAAAAAAAAAGGUUUUCUUUAAAUUUACGUAAGUUACAGGAUAUCUUGGUUUGUUACAUGUGCUCCUCGCCCCAUCAUGGAGCGAAAGACGGUCUGCCAACGGAAACUUUUUAAAUCAUUUGAGAAUCUUUUCGAGACUAUACACAACGAAAAGGAUACGAAACGGGAUGGAACAGAAAGCGUAACAACCUAUUACGGACUUUUGCACGAACCCACGAAUUGGAAAUAAAAGGUUUUCGUUAAAAUUUUUAACAUUUCGUAAUGACUACGGUCAUUUUCACAUUCCAACAUAAAUCAAUGAUUUCCUCGGCCCAAAAAAAUUUGUCAACCUACAAUUUUCAAAGAGUUUGCGAGGCUUUUUUGGCUCUGCAUUUCACACAACAACAACAAAGAUCAAGACCGCGCGAAACAACAUGCCCCUUGAGGGACCUGGUACACAGUUGGCCAAACCCAGCAUUCAUUCUAACCUCAGUAUUGGUAAUUAGAAAGUCGCGUAUUGUGUAAUGUUUAAGAGUCAAAUAUUAUUUUGUCUUCCAUAAAGGCCUCGAUUUGAAGGAACACCGUAUGGCACUCGAAUUGGGAGGAACACCGCAUGGCACUCUUUGUUUAAUUUACAUGUAGACAUUUUUUAUUAAUUAUUGGUAAAGAGGAUAUAUUCAGUAGUCCAAUCGAUCGACGAAAUAAUCAACACUUUCAUUUAUUUUGCAGGACACUCCACCAUUUGAUUGUUCAGCACAUAGAUUAUGCCCUGAUAAUUUGGAAUGCAGUAUAUUUGACACGUGUUGUCAAAGGUGGCCUCCUUGGAGGUAUUCAUGUUGUCCUCUACCAAAUGCUGUUUGUUGCUAUGACCUAAAACAUUGCUGUCCGGAAGGAUACAUUUGUUCUCCUAUUGUAAAAGGGUGUAUACCUGAGAACAAAUCUCAGUUAUAA